CAGACUAGAAAUCGUGUUUCGUUGUGUUGGCUUUGAAUACGAUUCGUUAGCAAACCAACAUCAACGGAAGGAUCACGCGCACACCGUCCCUGAAGUUCCCCCCAGACCAAUCCAUCCAAACCAAUCCAUGCCCUCGCCAUGCAGAAGAAGGUAGCGCCCGAGCGCCGUCCAUAUUGUGAUCCUCGGCUGCAGGAUGACAAGCUGAGGAGGAAACGCACUCUCCAUCUGCCCAGAGUGUCGCAGGCUCAGAAGAAGGGCGAAAAGCGUCAGCUGAACGACUGCCCCUUCUACAACCUGACUUAUGGCUUUGACCAGCUGCCCCUGGAUCCUGUCAAGGAGUUCCUGCAGGAGAAGAUAUCUCACAUGCAGACAGACAAAAUAGUGGGACACUGCAAUCGGGAGUUCGAUUUCCAUCGCUACGAUUUGGAUAACGUGAAGGAGGAGUAUGACGAGUGCGAUGAUGACAGCCUGCAGGAGCUGCAAUUGGAGGAUAUUAUCAUGCCCGAGCAGUUCGAGAUGCUGCGCGAUGCAAAGGAUCAUGUAUACAACUUCGAUUCCACGGCCUGUAAUCAAUUUCCCUGGAUUGACAAAUGGAUGACUGGCGUGCGUCCCAGUGAGCAGGAGAUCUAUGAAAUGACCAGCCACCUCCUGGAACUCUACUGCAAUCGCAGGGUGCGUAUCUUCUACCCGGGCUGCGGAACCAGUUCCUCCUUGUGGACGAACCAGCUGAGGCGCCAGCACGGAUCCCCUUCGGAGCUGAUUGGAGCCUAUCGAACGCCCUCUGCCCGCCACAUGCGAGUGAACAACAUGAGAGGACCACCCAAGAAGGAGAAGUUCACGGCCGGCGAUCAUUAUGCCUUUCGAACGCCGCAGGAAUGUCGCAACGAACUGAUGAGAGUUGGGAAAAUAAUUGAUGAGCUAAUCGAGCCAGUGCUGAAAGCAGCAGAGCACAAAAUUGGGCAUGGACUCACGAAAUAUCCCGAUCCGCCCAGUUGUAAGGACAACACUAAUCGAAUUCUUAAGUCUGCAGGUAUAUUGGUGGGAAAGAAAAAGAAUUGCUAUGUAGGAAAGUGUCGCAUCCAUCGUAAGGACUUUGCCACAAAUGAGGAGUUCCUGCGCUGUCUCAAAAGGAUGGAAGCUACCCACUUUCCGUACAUGCAACCCUUGCAACCGGUGGAUCCUGAUGACCAAAAGAUCAAAAUGAUGGCUAAAUACCGAGUAGAGCUGGCAAAAGCGGAGAAGCUGUUUACCCUGAAGAUACAGAAGCGAUACCAGUGUCUGCUGAAAAGUAUGUCCAUAGUUCAACUGGCGACGUAUCCUUCACACCUCAUCCGAAAGGCCUUCAGACGCAUCAAUCCAAGGAGCGCCCUUCUGCAGGAUGCCUACCAAUUUAUAGUAAAGGAAAAGAAAGAUUGGCCCAAACUGCCGCCAGAAGUUAUAUUAAUGGAUUACCUGUUCGUGGGGGACCGCGGAGUGCGUCAGGACCUCGCCAUCCUUAUUAUCGUGUGUCUCAUCGAUCUGCAGGAGGACUUCCGCCACUAUGUCAAGCGCUCCUUCCUUAACUACCUCUUAUCGUCCAAUAUGGAGAGGAGGCGUCUGCAGUUGGAAAGGGAACCUCCAGAGUUUCCCAUUCUGACCAUAUCUCCGCCAGUUUCCUGGCGCUCCAACCUCCUGAGGGGCAAGGCUCGUAUUGGCGAAGUUCUUAUGACCACACAUCCGACGGUUCAGGCACUGAAUAGGUUGUGGCACGAUCUUUAUGAGGAACUGGUUGUCGUUGAUCUGGGUCAGCUACUUCUGGCUCAGCGGCCACUGGAUGCAGAUACUGUCCAGGUUUUCAUUGAGAAGAGUUGUGCCGACGUUCGAGAUUUGCUGCUCAACGACUGGCUGCCACGAUGUGCUGACCUUAUGAACGAGAUGCGUGGCACUUGGAAGGAUCUGGUGCCCAUGUCGGGGAAGUAUGGAGGACGUGCGGCCAUGCUCUUCCGGUGCAUCCAUUCGGCGAUGUCCCGACACUUGAACAGCCUCAUUAGCAAAAGCAUUAACUACCUUUUCAAGGUCCUGUGCGCCUUCAAGGAUGGCAACCGCAUCGAAAAGUACUCCAUGUUCGACGCGAAGCUGAAGAGGAUACCGCUAAUGACCCUGAUUGCUUCUGUGGUCGGUGCCCACUUCGAUCACGAGCCCAUCAACAUGGGCCCUGGAGUCAGACCCGCCUCGAACAUAUAUGUCUAUGAUGAGGACGACGCUGAUCCUUUUCAGCAGCCGCAAGUCAACCAGUUUGUGGAAAAUGUUCCUGAUAUCGAUGAUGUGGCUCAGUUCGAACUGGAUCACUCGAAUAAGCUCUACAUAUAUCCCUAUAUGCAGGAGCUGCCUCGAAUUUUUACAGAGCAUUUCAAGAGUAUUUUGGCAGUGGGCUAUGAAAUUCCCCGCCUCGAGUUUGUCAUGUCUGGCGGUGAACCCGAAACCAAGGGCUUCCUGCUUUUCAUUGAUGAAGACCACGUGGACUUUCUGGAACUCUGCGAGAAAGUCGAGCAGAUUGUCAAAGUCAACUGGCAGGGAGUGCACGUUUACCUGAAGCCCGUCUACAAGUAUUACUUUGGACUCUUCCAAAAGUUAAUAUUGCCCAUGGUGCAGAAGGUCUGGACAGAGAAUAACCUGCCGGAACUUGGGGCUGUCCAGGAGCUGUUGAAAAAAUUGCAGGCCGUGAGCGAUACGACCUAUUAUCUGCGCGAUUUCAUUCCGCUCAACCUGUUCAUGCUGGAUAAUCGGCACGUGAAGCUAUCGCUGCGGAUGUAUGUGCGCGAAAUCUACGAUUUCAUAAUUGAUUUUUACAAAGCCCUCAAUUGGAACGAGAAUCGAGCCAUCUGCGAGGAGCUGGAGGAGAUGUCGAUGAAGGCCGGCGAGCGGCCGGAGGAGACGCCCGAGGUGGUGGCCCUGCAGAACUACAUCAACGACUGCCGAGAGAUGCGCAUAUUUGCCAUCAAGGAUGAAAUCAAGAACGUGUUGAAGCGCGUCGUCUUCCUGCUGACACACACCUACCUGUCCAGCGACGAACUUCAUCUGAACUCGCGCACAUUCAUCCUGCCGGGCGAACUGGAGGAGGUCCUGGAUCUGAGCGCCGCCCGCCUGUCGGUGGUGCGUGAUAAUCUGGAGCUGGCCUUGCGGGAGCGGCGCUUGGAGUUCGAGAAGCUGCUGGCCCAGGAGAAGCGCACGAUGGACGGUUUUCGCAUCCGGGAAAUCCGAGAUGUGCUCACGCUGGAGGAGCUCAAGGAGCGGGUGGAUACGGUCGAUUUGCUCUUCACCACCAUUGAGAAUCUCAGCCGUGAGGCCAAGGCCAUCAACACAGAGGAGACUCUACUCCAAAUCGACGUGUCCGCCUUUCCACUUCUUGCCGAGAUCAUCGAGAAAAUGGAGCCCAUCGAGAAGCUGUGGAAGACCUCGUACGAGUUCGAAAAGGAUUAUCUCAUUUGGAUGUUCGAGCGCUUCGAAUGCCUUAAUGCGGAUGGCGUGCGGGAACAAGUGGAGAAUAUGCACAAGAUAAUGUACAAGUUGUCCCGUCAGUUGGCCUACAAUCCAGUGGCCAAACGAGCUGCCGAGCAGAUGCGCAUGAAGAUCGAGAAGUUCCGCGUGUAUCUGCCCGUCCUGGACUCGAUUUGCCGUCAUGGAUUGGAGAAGCGGCACUGGGAUCAGAUCUCAAAGAUACUGGGUCGCAAGGUCAAUCCGAAAUUGUUCCCCACGCUGAAGGACAUGAUCGAUGUGGACAUCAUGAGCAUUCUGCCGCAGCUAGAAGAGAUCGCUAAUGCCGCGGGCAAGGAGUACGACCUGAACAAUGGACUGAGGAUCAUGCAGGCGGACUGGAGAGACGUGAUGUUCGAGGUGCUGCAAUAUCGCGACUCGGACACGCACAUCCUGGCCAGCCUGGAUGAUAUUCAGACGCUGCUGGAUGAUCAUAUAAUGCGAACGCAGGCCAUGAAACGAUCGCCAUUCAUCGUAGCCUUGGGCUCCAAGGCGGACGACUGGGAGGCCCGCCUGCUCCUCAUUCAGAACAUCAUCGAUGCUUGGACACAAGUACAGAUCACCUGGAUGUACCUGGAGCCGAUCUUCAGCAGCGAGGACAUCAUGCGACAGAUGCCCUUGGAGGGUCGGAACUUUAAAGCGGUGGAUAAGCUGUGGCGCAAGAUUAUGAAGCACACGCUAAAGGAUCGACAUGUGAUGGCUGCCACCGAGUAUCCUGAAAUGCUUGAAGUCUUCACGAAGGCCAUCGAGGAUUUGGAAACAGUCACAAAGGGCUUGAACACAUAUCUGGAGCAAAAGCGCCUCUUCUUCGCUCGCUUCUUCUUUUUGUCCAACGACGAGUUAUUGGAGAUUCUUUCCGAGACCAAGGAUCCCAUGCGUGUGCAGCCCCAUUUGAGGAAGUGUUUCGAAGGAAUUGGCAGUCUGACCUUUGACGACAACAUGGAGAUCGUGGAGAUGGUCAGUGAUGAGGAGGAGCGUGUGGCCCUGGUGCGGAAAAUUAACCCGCAGUUGGCCAAUGGAUUAGUGGAGAUGUGGCUCAAGGAGGUGGAGAUGGUGAUGCUGGACAGCGUGAAGGAGCAGAUGCGCGAGGCCUGGGAGGACUACGCCAUGGUGGAGCGCAUCUCCUGGGUGGUCAGUUGGCCCGGUCAGGUGGUGCAGGGCAUCUCCUGCAUGGCCUGGACCUACGAGGUGGAGGAGGCCAUCGAGACGAGGGAGCUGCCGGCUUAUUUGGAGAAGUCCAAUCUGCAGAUUGCCGACCUGGUGCAAUUGGUGCGCACGGAUCUGCAAGCCGGAGUCCGGAUUGCCGUGGAGGCGCUGAUUGUCCUGGAUGUUCAUGAUCGCGAUGUUGUGAAAUACCUGACAGAUUGCCGGAUUACCAACAUCCAGGACUUUGAUUGGAUCUCCCAGCUCCGAUACUACUGGAAGGUUAACGAGAAAAACGAGGAUUGGGUGUGCGUCAGCAUGGUGGUCACAGAUGUCGAAUAUGGCAUGGAAUACUUGGGCAACCUGCCCCGCUUGGUGGUAACUCCCCUCACGGAUCGCUGCUACCGCACAUUGAUGGGCGCCCUGAAGCUGUGUUUGGGAGGAGCUCCUGAAGGACCUGCCGGAACUGGCAAGACGGAGACCUGCAAGGAUCUGGCCAAGGCGGUGGCCAAGAAGUGCGUCGUCUUCAACUGCUCCGAUGGACUGGACUACAAGGCGCUGGGCAAGUUCUUCAAGGGCUUGGCACAAUCGGGCGCUUGGGCCUGCUUCGACGAGUUCAACCGCAUCGAGCUGGAGGUGCUCUCCGUGGUGGCGCAACAGAUCCUGACCAUCCAGCGGGCCAUCGGACGCAAGGUUGUGAAAUUCUUUUUCGAGGAUACGAUGCUCAAACUGGAUCCGACUUGUUCCAUAUUCAUAACCAUGAAUCCCGGCUACGCCGGACGAACAGAGCUGCCGGACAAUCUGAAGGUCCUGUUCCGCACAGUGGCCAUGAUGGUGCCGGACUACGCCAUGAUUGGCGAGAUCACCCUGUACUCCAACGGAUUCGAUAUGGCCAGGAAUCUCUCGCAGAAGAUUGUCCAGGCCUACAAGCUGUGCUCCGAGCAGUUGUCCUCGCAGUCACACUACGAUUACGGAAUGCGCGCCGUAAAGUCCGUUCUGUUGGCCUCCGCCUCGCUGCGACGGCUUUAUGUUGACCUGCCGGAGCCGGAGAUUGUCCUGCGCGCCAUUGUGGAUGUCAAUUUGCCAAAAUUCCUGGAGCAGGACAUCUCCCUCUUCAUCGGCAUCUAUAUGGAUCUAUUCCCCGGGGUUGAGCUGCCAAUGCCGCAACGUGGCGACAUACUCAAGUGGCUGCACAUCAACCUGGCGGAUCGGAAUCUGCAGGCGACGCCAUGGUAUUUGGAGAAAAUUCUGCAGAUAUACGAGAUGCUGCUGGUGCGUCACGGCCUGAUGAUAGUGGGUGGCUCGAUGGGCGGAAAGACCACUGCCUACCAGGUCUUAGCCCAGACGUUGCGUAACGUUUCCAACGACGAGGAGGCGACACUAAAGGAGUUCCCGGUCACGUUCCGCAUCAUCAAUCCAAAGGCCAUAACCAUGGGCCAACUUUACGGGCGCUUCGAUCCAGUUUCCCAUGAGUGGUACGACGGAGUGCUGGCCAAAACCUUCAGGGAGCAGGUGCAAGGACCAAAAGGGGAGAGGGCAUGGGUGAUGUUCGAUGGUCCAGUGGAUGCGGUGUGGAUCGAGAAUCUGAACACAGUGCUGGACGACAACAAGAAGCUCUGCCUGAUGUCCGGCGAGAUUAUGCAGAUGACCAAGCUGAUGAACAUGAUGUUCGAGCCGGCGGACUUGGAGCAGGCAUCUCCGGCCACCGUGUCGCGUUGCGGAAUGAUCUACAUGGAGCCAUCGCAACUGGGAUGGCGGGCGCUCCACAAGAGCUUUAUCAAUGUAUUGGUGAAUAAGGUGGGUCUUAGUGAGAUCUACAUGACGCUGUUCGAGGACAUGACGGAGUGGUUGGUGCCGGCGGCCUUGGAAUUCCUGCCCCAGUGCAAGCAAAUGCUCGAACUUUCACCUAUCUAUCAGUACCAGACCUUCUCGCGGUUCUUCUUGCACUUCCUAGAGAAGCACAAGCAGUUCAAUCAAGCCUGGUUCCAACAAAUGUUCCUCUUCUGUUUCGCCUGGGCCUACUGUUCGGCUCUCACUGGCCAGGGUCAGAAGACCUUUGAUGCACUGCUGCGAAAGGUUAUCUACGGUUCCAAUGAGAACUUCCCCAAACCCAAGUACUUCUCUCUGAACCGCGGUCAAAUGUUCCCAGAGAAACUUCUCUUCCUGGACUACCGAUUCGAUGAGGCUGAAAACUGGUGGACCUGGCAGAAGAGCGACGACAGCGCUAGCACCACGUCCAACUUCCCCGAGAAUGCCCAGAUCAGUGAGCUUAUUGUGCCCACCAAGGAAACGGGAUACAUAUCCUAUUGGCAAGACUUUUGCAUUUCCAAGUCAUACGCCAUGUUGGUCGUUGGACCUACAGGAACUGGAAAGAGUGCCAUCAUUACCAGCAAUCUGCUGGCCAUGCCCAAAUUCGCCAACCUGGUCAACGUCAUAAACUUCUCGGCUCGUACCUCGGCGCAAAUGGUGCAGGACACCAUUAUGAGCAAGUUGGACAGGCGGCGCAAAGGAGUUUUUGGACCCUCACUCGGAAAGAAGUGCACUGUUUUCUGCGACGAUGUGGCCAUGCCAUCGAAGGAUACUUAUGGCUCACAGGCUCCACUGGAGCUCCUCCGCACUUGGCUGGAUCAUGGUUAUUGGUCGGACCUCGUGGACACCACCAAAAUCGAGCUGGUGGACAUGACUCUGAUGUGCGCCAUGGGCACUUUGGGUGGCAGUAACUUCAUUUUUCCGCGUCUCUAUCGCCACAUGUUCGUGGUGGCCGUCGAUUCCUUUGAGGACUCAACCAUCGUUCGCAUAUUCACAACGAUUGGUGAUUGGCAUUUUUCCAAGGGCUAUCCGGAAAAGGUGGCUCUGCUAUCCCGUGGCUUAUCGGAGGCUAUGGUCAGUGUGUACCGCGAUGCGAUUCGCAGCUUCCUGCCCACGCCAGCCAAGUCGCACUACUCCUUCUCCCUGCGGGACAUCACCCGUGUCUUCCAGGGCAUCGUGAUGGUGCCACCCAAGCGGCUGCCCGAUCCCGAGAAGCUGGGUCGCCUGUGGGCUCAUGAGACAUAUCGCGUAUUUUACGACCGUUUGGUGGACCAGCAGGACCGAGAUCGUCUGCUCGUGAUGGCCGUGGAUGCCUGCAAAUCCAAUCUGCGUUUUCCCUUGGAGCAGGCAUUUGGUGAGCGCAUCGAACCCGGCGAGAAGCUGACCGACAACGAUCUACGUAAUCUCUUCUAUGGCAAUUACAUGGAACCGGAUGCGGAACCCAAGUUUUACGAUGAGGGUGAUACCUACGAGAAGCUGGAGAAACUGAUGAAGUACUACCUCAGGGAGUACAACUCCUUCUCGAGUACGCCAAUGGAUUUGGUCAUGUUCCGGUUUGCCAUCGAACAUGUGAGCAGGGUUUCCCGGGUGCUGCAAAUGCCGCGCGGCAACAUCCUGAUGGUGGGCAUGGGAGGAUCAGGACGUCGGAGCUCCGCGCGUCUGGCCGCCUACAUAGCGGAUUGCCGGCUCAUGACGGUGCAGGUGUCCAAGAGCUACACUAUUAUGGAUUGGCGCGACGACCUCAAAAAAAUACUAAUGUCGGCCAGCUUCAAUCUUAACCACACCGUGUUCCUCUUCUCCGACGCACAGGCAACGGAUGAAGGCUACGUGGAGGAUAUCAAUGGCAUACUUAAUACCGGUGAUUUGCCCAAUCUCUAUCAGCUGGAGGACAAGGCAACCAUUAUGGAGAAUAUGGCAAAUGUAGCCAAACAAUUGGGCAAGAUUUUGGACACUCUGCCCAGCGAGGUGUACGCCUACUACAUCGACCGUAUCCGGGAACAGCUGCACAUCGCACUGGCCUUCUCACCCAUCGGGGAUUCCUUCAAGGAGCGAAUCCGUGUGUAUCCUUCGUUGAUCAACUGCUGCACCAUCGAUUGGUAUAUGCCCUGGCCAGAGGAGGCCUUGUCCCGCGUGGGAGUUUACUUUGUCAGUUCAAUGAACCUGAACCGACCGCAUGGAGAGGAGACACAGGAGCCGGUCCAGAGCAAGGAUGCCGCUGAUGCAGACGAGGAGGAAGUGCGUCGCGAAACUGUUGGUGAAGAGCGGGAGCAGACCCAAUUGGAGGCAGACCUGGUCGACUGCGUUAUGUACUUCCAUCAGUCUGUGGUGGAUGCCAGUGAAAAGUGCUACUUGGAGCUAAAUCGCCGAAACUAUGUUACGCCAUCUGCUUAUUUGGAGUUGCUGAAGGCAUUUCGCACUUUCUACUCCCGAAAGCUCGACGAGAUUACCCGUUUAAGGGAUCGCUAUACAACGGGUUUGGAGAAGCUCGACUUCGCCGCUGGUCAAGUGGGUGAAAUGCAGACGAAUCUUUAUGAUCUCCAGCCCAAGCUGAAAGUCCUGUCCGAGGAGACGGAUCGCAUAAUGGUGAACAUAGAACGUGAGACGGCCGAGGCGGAGAAAAAGAAGGAAGUGGUGGGUGCGGACGAGGCGGCGGCCAAUGAAGCCGCUGCUGCUGCUCAGGCCAUUAAGGAUGAUUGUGAAACCGAUCUGGCCGAGGCCAUUCCCGCCAUGGAGGCCGCCUUGGAGGCUCUGAACACCCUGAAGCCAGCUGAUAUUUUCAUAGUAAAGUCCAUGAAGAACCCGCCCUAUGGCGUCAAGUUGACCAUGGAGGCUGUGUGUGUGAUCAGGGGCAUCAAGCCGGAUCGAAAACCGGAUCCAAGCGGUCACAUGGUUGAGGACUACUGGGGUCCCUCUAUGCGCAUGCUCAGUGACAUGAAGUUCCUGGAUUCCUUGAAAACCUUCGACAAGGAUAACAUUCCACCGCCCAUUAUCAAGAGGAUUCGGGAGAAGUACAUAGCAGAUCGUGACUUUGUGCCGGAAAAGAUCAAGGCUGCCUCGAUGGCCUGCGAGGGCAUUUGCCGCUGGGUGCGUGCCAUGGAUGUAUACGACAAGGUGGCCAGGAUCGUGAUGCCUAAAAAGGCGGCUUUGGCCGAGGCCGAAGGGGAGCUAUCCCAGCAGAUGGAGAAGCUCAAUGCCAAGCGUGCGGAGCUCCAGGUUAUUCUCGACAAGCUGCAGAAGCUCAACGACUUCUUUGCGGAAAAGUCGCGGGAAAAGAAGAGAUUAGAGGAUGAGAUCGACAACUGCGAGAAAAAGUUGAACAGAGCUGAAAAGCUGCUGGGCGGACUUGGAGGUGAGAAGACCCGCUGGUCAGAGGCGGCCAAGAAUCUUCACGAAUCCAUUAGCAACAUUGUGGGCGAUGUCCUGCUGGCCGGCGGUUGCACUGCUUACUUGGGCUAUUUUACGACGGAGUACCGUGUUAAUAUCCUGGACGACUGGAAUGCCCUGUGCAAGCGCAAGCACAUUCCGAGUAGUGAAACCUUCUCACUGGCCACCACUUUGGGUCAUCCGAUGACCAUUCGAGCUUGGUCUCUGGCUGGUUUACCCGCUGAUAACUUUUCGGUGGAGAAUGGCAUCAUAGUGACCAAUUCCAGUCGUUACUCGCUGCUCAUCGAUCCGCAGGUGCAAGCCAACAAAUGGAUCAAGAACAUGGAGAAGAAUAACAACCUAAAGGUGAUCAAGCAGAGUGAUGCUAAUUAUAUGCAAGUACUUGAGCUGGCCAUUACCUUUGGCCAGCCUGUGCUCAUCGAGAAUGUGGGUGAAAAGCUGGACUCGAACUUGACGCCCAUUCUGGAGAAGAACGUCAUCAAGCACAAGGGCGGUCUGUUUAUCAAAAGCGGCGACCAAAUGAUAGAAUACAAUCCCAACUUUCGUCUAUACAUAACGACCUGUCUCCGCAAUCCGCGUUAUCCGCCGGAAGUGAUGGUUAUGGUAACAGUAUUAAAUUUCAUGAUAACGGAACAGGGAUUACGCGAACAAUUGCUGGCGAUUGUGGUGGCUCACGAGCGUCCCGAUUUGCAAGAGAAGAAGGAACAAUUGAUUAUUGAGUCCGCAAGGAAUCGUGAUGCAUUGUACACCAUCGAAUCGAAGAUAUUAGAGGUUCUUUCCACAUCAGAGGGCAAUGUGCUAGAAGACGAGAACGCCAUCAAUAUCCUUUCGUCUAGUAAGAUUCUGUCGGAGGACAUUCAGGAAAAGCAGGUGAUCGCCGUGGCCACUGAAAUUGAGAUCGAUGCCGCACGGCAGCAAUAUAUUCCCGUGUCCAAGCACUCGGCCAUCUUGUUCUUCUGCAUCAGCGAGUUGGCCAAUGUGGAUCCCAUGUACCAGUAUUCCUUAUCUUGGUUCCUCAAUCUCUUCGUCAACACGAUUCUGAAGGCUCCGAAAUCCGAUCAAUUGAGCGAACGUUUGAAAAACCUGAAUGACUACUUCACGAAGUCCAUAUACACGAAUGUGUGUCGCUCUCUUUUUGAGAAGGAUAAACUGGUCAUUUCCUUGGUCAUGUGCCUGGGCAUCCUGGUCUCACAGGGUCGAGUGGAGAAGGCAGCACUGCUCUUCUUCCUCACAGGAGGCAUUGGAUACAAGAGUAUUCCCCCGAAUCCCUUGGGCGCCUGGCUGCCAGAUAAAUCCUGGGCUUCUGUCUGCAAGGCUGCGGAUCUGGAAGGCCUCAAGAACCUGCCACAAAUGAUGGAAACGCACUCGGAUGAGUGGCACAACUUCUACGACGCAAGCAAUCCCGACCAGCUGCAGCUGCCGGCACCGCACAACACGGUGAACGACAUGUACUUCCUGAUCGUCAUCAAGUCUCUCCGUCCGGACAAGUUGGUGCCAGCCGUGCGGGCUUUCAUUACGCGCAACCUGGACCGCUCGUUUGUGGAGCCGCCACCCUUCGAUUUGGCUGCCUCGUUCGCGGACAGCUCGCCGAAAAUUCCUCUGGUGUUCCUGCUCUCGGCCGGAUCGGAUCCCAUGGCCAGUCUCUUCAUGUUCGCCAAACAACGCAACAUGUACGACAAAUUGAAAACCAUCUCACUGGGUCAGGGACAGGGUCCGCGAGCGGAGAAGAUGAUUAUGGAGGCCGCCCGACAUGGCCAGUGGGUGGUGCUGCAGAACUGUCACGUCGCCAUCAGCUGGAUGGGCGACCUGGAGCGGAUUUGCAACGACACCACCUUGACGGAUGGAGCCAACCAUGAAUAUCGGCUGUGGUGCACCUCCUAUCCCAGUGCCGUCUUCCCCGUCUCCGUGCUGCAGAACUCCGUCAAGAUGACGAACGAACCGCCCAAGGGGCUCAGGGCUAACAUGCAUCGCUCCUUCACCUCGGAUCCGCUGAUGCGGGACAAGUUCUUCACCAACGCCUUCCUCUUCUCGGACAGCGCCAACAAGUGCUGGUUGAGGGGCGUCUUUGCUCUGGUCUUCUUCCACGCCGUCGUCCAGGAAAGACGAGAGUUUGGGCCCUUGGGCUGGAACAUUCCCUACGAGUUUAACGAGUCCGAUUUGAAAAUCUCCCUGUUGCAGUUGAAGAUGUUCAUCAACCAAAGUCAGAGUAUUCCCUUCCGCGGCCAUGUGUAUUUGACUGGAGAGUGCAACUACGGAGGUCGAGUCACUGACGACAAGGAUCGUCGUUUGAUACUAUCGCUGCUCAACAUGAUAUAUAAUCCUAAUACCAUCGAAGAGGAUAACUAUGCCCUAUCUCAAUCGGGAACCUAUCGGGUGCCCAUGAGUCCCACUCGCUUGAAUUCCAUAGAGUAUGUCUCCAGUUUCCCGUUGAGUCCCCAUCCCGAGGUCUACGGACUGCAUGAAAAUGCGGAUAUCAACCGCAAUGUUAAGGAAACUAAUGCCCUCAUCAGUGGCGUUUUGCUGACCCAGACCGAUUUGAUGGCCUCCGUGAAGGCCAGUUCCUCUGGCGGCGCCAAGGAGGACCCGGCCAUAGCCAUCUGCAAACAGGUCCUCAAGCAACUGCCAGAGGAAUUCAACAUUGACGAGGUGUCCAAGACGUAUCCCGUGAUCUACACCAAUUCGAUGAACACCGUGCUGCGACAGGAGCUGAUUCGCUUCAAUCGCCUGCUCUCAUAUAUCCGGAAGAGUCUGGUCAACGUGGGCAAGGCCGUGGUGGGUCAGAUUGCCAUGAUUCCCGAACUGGAGCGAACACACGCCUCGAUGGUCAUUGGCAAGCUGCCGGCGGACUGGCUGAAGAAAAGCUAUCCGUCGCUUAAGCCAUUGGGCAGCUACGUGAGCGACCUCCUGGCCCGGCUGGCCUUCUUCCAGGAGUGGAUAGACAACGGCGAACCGAUGGUUUAUUGGAUAUCUGGCUUCUACUUCACCCAAUCCUUCAUCACGGGCGUUCUGCAGAACUACUCGCGCAAGAAUCGCUUCCAAAUCGAUAUGAUAUUGAUCGAGUUCGCGGUGACCAAGUUCGAGGUUCAAGUCCCUGGAACUCCCGACAUAGGAGCAUACAUCCGGGAACAAAAAGAGGUCAAUGAUGAGACCAAGUUUAUUCAAGGCAUCUUUAUCGAGGGCGCCCGCUGGAAUCGCAAAACCAAGGAGGUGGACGAGUCCUUCUCGAAGGUCCUGUUCGAUACACUGCCCGUUAUUUACCUGCGACCCGUGCUGAAAGCCCUGGAGGAUCUACCCCGCUCCACAGCCGGCGCUGAGCCGGAGACCGUCUACGACUGUCCCGUUUAUAAGACAAGCGAGCGGAGGGGCGUCCUGUCCACCACCGGCCAUUCGACCAAUUUCGUGAUGUACCUGCAGCUGAGGUGUUCCCGGAAACCCAUGCAUUGGAUUAAUCGGGGCACGGCUUGUCUGUGCCAACUGGACGACUGAUUGGGAUUGCAUGUGGCCAUGGAGCAGGUGGCCAUCCCGGAUCUGUGCCUGUUUAUGUCUUUUUCCAUGGCACAAAGGGCCGCCUGUCCCAUCUAUAUGCAGAUAUGUAUUUUGAUUUUGUUCCGUUUGAUUCCGCUGUCCAGGAAGCCCGAAAGCGCACCGUCCUGUUUGUUUUUUUGGGACCCCUCCUUCCGUAUUCACCUGGGGCAAUGUGGCAAGUUGGAGGGGCAGUGUCAUUUUGAUGAUGAUGAUGCUGAUUGCCAGAUAUAAAUUAAAUAUGCACAGUAGUAUACAGCCUGGCUGGAUAUAUUUUUUAUGUGUGCCAUUUACAAAUGAAUAAACGAAAGCAUAAA